GCAGUCUGCGCAGCCAUUUUGGGGGGGUAGGCCGUGGAGCUUGUUUGUGUCGUUAUUAGCUGGCCUGAAAAACACACAAAGAAACCAAACGGAAAAACGUCGGGACGACACGUCGUUAAACAUGGGCCCGCCGGGAGACAGAACACGCCACACGUCGACUGAAAGAACGGAGGAUUUCCGCUGGAUUGUCGAUUUAUCUUGACAUGGCAUGCGGCAGGGCGAGCCGGAGGUUGUGACGACUCAAGAAAAGAGAAAGAACAAGCGAACAGCUCGAAAUUUCAGGCGUGGAAAAGGGAGAGAUUUCGUUUAGUUAACUUCGUUUUGCUUUCGCCUCACGGCGGUUGGUGUCGGUUGAUAGCCGGGCGUGAUUAAAAUGUCGUCGAGUCGCGACUGUUUUAUCGAGCUGAAAUGCUGAGCACGAGCAAAAACAGAUAGACGGCGCAAGCGUUGCUAGUCCUGUGCUCGUCGGCAGCGCUGCUAGUCGCAUAAAUUCAACCAAGCGAGACAAUGUAAACGCGUCAGAGGAAAGAAACAUGACUUUCAGAACAUGAGCCUCGUUUAAACAAGUUCAUAACAAAAACAUAAGAUGUAGCUACGCUGUUAUUGUCAGAAAUGAACACCUAGCUCACGUUAGUGUGCUAAAAAUACGCCCACGCCAUGACCAUCAGCUGUGGCAGCGCCGCAGGCCCUGGGCCGAAGGAGUGACAGCAAAAGUUGAGGAAAUGUCGAGUUUCUUUCGCAGCUAGUCUUUGUUAUCCGGUGCCAAUAUCUCCUGGCAUCUGUGUUGACCUGCCAUGUUUGUCUGUAUGCCCAGUCCGUCUGUAACACGCUCAUAACGCAGUCUUCUACAGAGAAACAGCCAUGGAUGAGGGACUCUGAAAUGAUGUCUGCUUGCUGUAGGUCACAAUCUUUGUUGUAGUGGUGGCUGCUUCUGUUAGUUUCAAUAACAUUUAUAUAUUCGAAAAAGUCACAUUUUUGAGUUGCUGUUUCCUUGAAAUUUGUUGUCAUUCUUUUAGUGGCAGGUUGAAAAGAAAAUUUGGCUUGAAAGUCAUGUCUUAAAACAUUCGAUUUGUGAUCAAGGAGAUGUAGUCUUAGCCUUUUGACCAUUCCCCCUUCUAGAAAAACUAAAACAACCAAAAUGACUUAGUUUUAUUUGUGAUCUUUUCGGUUUGCCGUCGGUAUAUAGAGGAUCGGGUUUAGAGUUUUGACGCGCUGUUCGCUCCAUUCUUUAUCAAACGUAAUUAAGACGAGCGUGGCUAAACUACACAACGCGAGAAGAAAAGAUAUACCAACAAAAUCUAACAAUGGGGGACCCGACUUCGCGAAGAAACCUAACAAGAAAUCGUCUUAGAGCUCAACUUCGAAAGAAAAGGGAAUCUUUGGCUGAUCAGUUUGACUUCAAGAUUUAUAUAGCCUUCGUUUUCAAGGACAAGAAGAAGAAGUCCGCUCUUUUUGAGGUUGCUGAAGUGGUGCCUGUGAUGACCAACAACUAUGAAGAGAACAUCUUAAGAGGUGUGCGCAAUUCAAGCUACACUCUUGAAAGUUCAAUAGAACUCCUGCAGAAAGAUGUUGUGCAGCUACACGCCCCCAGAUACCAGUCAAUGCGAAGGGAUGUGAUAGGCUGCACACAGGAAAUGGAUUUUAUCCUUUGGCCACGCAACGAUAUUGAGAAGAUCGUCUGUCUGCUGUUCUCCAGAUGGAAGGGGGCUGAGGAUGAACCCUUCAGGCCUGUUCAGGCCAAGUUUGAAUUUCAUCAUGGGGACUACGAGAAGCAGUGUCUGCACGCUUUGGGUCGUAAAGACAAGGCUGGAAUGGUCAUGAACAACCCAACUCAGUCUGUGUUCCUCUUCAUGGAUAGACAACACUUGCAGACUCCUAAAACCAAGGCCACAGUUUUCAAGUUGUGCAGCCUGUGCCUGUACUUGCCCCAGGACCAGCUCACCUGCUGGGGUGUGGGAGACGUCGAGGAUCACCUCCGCCCAUAUAUGCCUGAUUAAGGCUUCACCCAGCUGCACAGAGAAGAGCCCCCCCCUCCUUCCUGCCUAAGCCUUUAGAAACAAAUAGAAGUACUCAUCUCCUCCCCUUUCCCCCCUUUAAAAGAUUUGAACUUGUGCUUGGAUCUCCUUUUUUGUUCCCCACUCAUUCUCCUCUUCCUGCCCUGACGCUGAUUCAGUCCCCGUUCUUUUUAUUUUGUCCUCUUCGCAGUCCCAUUUAUUUAUUGUUUUCAAAAUCUUUGACAUUUAUUGGAUUUUUUUUUUGUUUGUUUUACUUUCUCAUUCCCUUCACCUCACUCACCCCUUCUUCUCUCCCC